ACCAGUUAACCUAACAUGCAUGCUUCUGGGAGGAAGUGUAAGCACACAGGACCUUCAGGCUACGUCCACACGUACCCGGGUAUUUUUGAAAACGCAGAUUUUUCUAUGCGUUUGCACCUUUCGUCCAGCACACAGUACACCGACCUGGAGGUGACAACAGUAGCCCUUGUUCUGCUCUGGAGAUCUCCUGCAGGCUGGAGGGUCACCCUAACCAGCCUUAAAGAUCUGCUGCUUUAUUUUAAGCUAAAGGUGACUUUGUUAUACAAGCCCACAGACCAUGGCUGCUCUCUUUACUUUCAGGUCAUGGAAAUGUCUGCAAAGAGUGUGAAGCAGGUGACUCUGGAGCUUGGAGGGAAAUCUCCUCUCAUCAUCUUCAAAGACUGCGAACUGGAGAAUGCAGUGAAGGGGGCACUAAUGGCGAACUUCCUGACACAGGGACAGGUGUGCUGCAAUGGGACCAGAGUGUUUGUGCAGCGGGAGAUCAUGCCACAGUUCCUAGAGGAGGUAGUCAAGAGGACCAAGGCCAUCCCUGUUGGUGACCCCUUGCUCGAGAGCACCAGGAUGGGAGCUCUGAUCAGCAAACCACAGCUGGAGAAAGUGCUGGGAUUUGUCAGUCAGGCCAAGAAAGAGGGAGCCAGAGUGCUUUGUGGAGGAGAUCCCUUUGUCCCCAGUGACCCCAAACUGAAAGGGGGGUAUUUCAUGUCGCCAUGCGUACUCGAUAACUGCAGAGACGACAUGACCUGUGUGAAGGAGGAGAUUUUUGGCCCUGUCAUGUCCGUUUUGCCUUUUGACACAGAGGAAGAAGUGAUCCAGAGAGCCAACAACACCACCUUUGGACUGGCCUCUGGGGUCUUCACCAGGGACAUUUCUCGAGCCCAUCGCGUGGCUGAGAACCUGGAGGCAGGGACCUGCUUUAUCAACAAUUACAACAUCAGCCCUGUAGAGGUGCCAUUUGGAGGAUACAAGAUGUCGGGCUUUGGCAGAGAGAACGGCCAGGUGACCAUCGAGUACUACUCCCAGCUGAAGACUGUAGUGGUGGAAAUGGGUGACGUCGAAAGCCUCUUUUGAAGUUUUACACCGCUGUGCCAGAACUGUGACUAGAGCUCUUCACUUCUCCCUUCUUAGUGUGUUAGGCUGACACAUAAUUAAUGCAGAGUGUGUGGAACAUGAUGUAGACAAGCAUAGAUGCCGAGCACUCUUUUUUCCCCCCCAAGUAUUCAGUACUUUAGUACUUCAUUAUUACAUCAGUAAGUGAAGGAUACCUGGAUUUAAAAGUUGGUCUUUUCUGAGGAAACACACAAGCGUGCAACAUUGGGACCAGCAUUAGAGGAAGACUUCUUUGUACUGUUGUUUGGACAGCUGCUCCUUUGUAUCAAAAUAAAAUUGUAGAAGCAAA